AUGGCUGACGAUUUAAUUUAUUUAAAUAUUCCUCCUCAAGAAAAUAAUCAGAAUUUAAUUAAUAAAAAUUCUGAAGAACAAUUAAAAAUUGAGGAAAACACAAAUUUAGAAAUUACAAAUAAAGAGGCGAAAACUAAAAAAGAAUUUACAAUUUUUAAAUUACUUUCACCUAUUAAGAGGGGAAAUAUUGUUGUUAAUAAUGACGAUGAACGUUUAAUUACUCCCUCAAGUAUUCCUACUCAACAAAAUAUUAAAGAAGAAACAAGUGAACAGAAGGGGAAUACGUCAUUAACCAACAACAAUACCUACAUCGACUCAAUACCUUCAACAACAAAAACUGUCAAUACCCUACCACCAACAACAUCCUUCAACCCCCCUCCUCUUCCCGAUAAUCUAAAAACAAUAAAAGAUUUCCCUAUUUCAACACAACAACAAAUUCAAAUUGACUGGGCAAUAGCUCAAAGACUUUUAUUUAAUCACCAAAAUAAUUUAAUUCAAGAAGGGGGAGUGGGAAGUAUAGCUUUGAGGUUGGCCGCUGCUUUUGCUGCAGCGGCUGCUUCGGGAGCGCAGGGAAAGGAUAAUAUCAACACUAAUUUAAUCCCAAACUUUUCUGCGGCUUUUGAUUUUUCUCAACCUUCUAUUAAUUCAAGCAAGUCGUAUAGGCGGAGAAAGGCGCGCACAGUAUUUUCUGAUCAUCAACUACAGGGCUUAGAACAACGCUUUAAUGGCCAAAGGUAUUUAUCUACCCCAGAGCGUAUAAGCCUUGCUGAAUCACUCAAUUUGAGUGAAACACAGGUGAAAACUUGGUUUCAGAACAGGAGAAUGAAACAAGUGAAUUUUUAUUUGGUUUUUUUUAAUUUAAAAAAUUAA